AUGAGUGUUUUGUCUGAUGCGCAAGGCACACCCAGCUCGAAUAAUGCGCACUCACCAGCAGCGCCGCUCACCAAAUCCCCGGGACCGCAAAUCUCCAAAUCCAGUUGGUCUCCCGAAGCAUCGGCCAAGGAGAAACAAGAGGAGUUACAAAAGGCGAUGAGCAGCCGCUUGGAAGUGAAUACAAAACUGGAACAAGAAAGAAUGGAGGGCGUCGAUGAAAAAGAAUGGGAUGAGUGAAGAACCCAGUCAGAUUGGUAACAAAAUUUUAUACCAUCGUAAUAGAAGAAGUGAACAAUAAGAAUGUACUAUUUGUUAGUAUCAUGUUUUAUCAUAUAUUUAAUAGUAAUAUCAUCGCAUUUAUUGUAAUGUAUACAAUACAUCCUGUAGCUUAUAUUUCAUACUAUAAUACUCCUUUUUUAGAGCAUUUACUAGUACUUUGCAGUAUCGGAUAACAUAGAAUUGAAUCAUCUUCAUCGACUAUUUACUUUUGAUCUCUUUAAUUUUGCAUUUAUAACAUUUCAGCCAUUUUAUAAUGUCUCAAAACUCGUAUGAAUAGCAAUUUAUACACCUGAACAUUCCAAGUUACCAACUUUUAAAAUCGAGCAGUUUCUUACUCUCCGCCAAAAUACCUCUUAAAAUAAUUACUCAAGUUCAACCUAGUACAAAUAAUAGAAAAACCUCAUUUGAUAAUUAUUCCUAAAUUCCAUGCAAGAAUAUGUCUUCAGUCAUCUUCAAUCAUCUUUAUAUGAUUGAUUUUUGAUAAUAUUCAUUAGGGCAUUUUCUAAAUGAAGAAACACCAACACCUUUUGCAAAUUCUGUGUGUUUCUCGUAGAUGAAAGUAUGUGCCAUAAGUAAUCAUUUUUAGAAGAUUAGAAGUAAUUAAUAAAAGUUGAAUUAAAACUAAGUUGAAUCCUAGAUUGAAUCCAGUUAACAAAAGUUAGUGUAUCAAUUAUAACUAGGGCCAGUUAUGAGUAAUAGGUUUUAGAGAGGUGUAUUUUGAAGCGUGUCGUAAACUAGUUUCGAUUAUGAAUCGCAAGUUUUGACAAGAGAAAAAUAAAUUCUAAGAUGAAAUGUCCUGUAAUUGACGUGUCAGUACAAUUUCAAAAAAUGCUUAUAGAGUCUGAGAAUCCUAAUGUUCUUUCUACAUCAGCAUUUUUCAUAAAAUUCCUUAAUGUUUUGAUGCAGACCUACAAUAUGUUACAGAUAACAUAAUCUAUAAUGUAAUUGAAUUACAUGAGAGAAAUGGAUCUACUCAGUACUGAUGGAAAUUUACUGAUUCAAACAAAAAGUUUUUUCGUGCCAAUUUAUGUUAGUAUUUACAGAACUGCUUUUUUAAGUUCAAUGAUUUGAAAGAUUUUAAACAUUCCACACCCAAUAUUUUGACCAAUGAUAUUAGUAUCUUUCAUUGACAAUAUUUUUUAUAACUUUGAUACUUUCUUAUAAUAGUAUACACAAUUAUUGUUUAACAAUAGCUAUUUGUUCAGUUGCUUUUAUUACUGGAAACUGUAACUUAUUUAAUUGAUAAUAUCCCUGUGAAUUGGAUAAUUCAGUAAAACUUUUUGUUUAGGAAGUCUAAUAUUUAAAACGCAAAAUUUUCGCAAAAACGCUCAAAUAUUAUUAUUUCAUUUUUACCGGAAUAAUUUAUUAUAGUAUUGAUGAAAAUUAUAGCCUAACAUUCCAUUACCAUAGCUGGUUAUCUAUGGUUUGCUAGCACUUACAUUUCGGCUGCCAAAUAAUAUACCAAUAAUUUGGUUGAGAAGUAAAUUAUUUACUUUUACAAAAAAUACGUUGUAUUUACAAUGUAUUGUAAUACAUUGUAUUUUUUACACUCCCUACUCAUGUAAUUUUACAAUCAAUCUUUUUGAUUUCGUAAGUGUCUGGGAAAAAUAGACAGAACACUGUGUGUAUAAUUAUAAUUAUUUUACUAUUUGAAAUAGUAUCUUAAUCAUCAAUGUCAAACAGUAAUAAUGAGUACAACGAAAAAUUUAUUAGGAAAACGCAUUUUCCUUCAAUUUAGCAGUUGCAAAAUGUUUCAAUAUUUUUCUCUCAAAAUAAGUGAAGGGACCAAGAUUCAGCAUUUUUUUUCAAAUACUUCCAGAAAGCUCUCUCCGAGAAUUAUUUUCAAAAUCAUUUUUCAGAAACACUUUGGCUUUCCUUAGUUGUAUGUAUCUUGUGUGUUAGGUAUGUUAUAUGCAUUUUAAAAUGAAGAGAGUGUGUCCUACUCCUAUUCCUAUAGAAAGUAAAGACAAACAUUGAGCAUGAUAUUAAUUGUAUUCGGUUACAAAUAUAUUAUACAGUUCUGAAAUUUGUGUCACGUUUGUCAAUUGUGUCAAAAUUUAGUCACUUGUCAAUUGUGUUACAACCAAAACUGUGUUACUUUGCAAAGUUUACUGAUUUUGAUAGUAAUAAAUUAUUGAAAGGUGAUAUUAAACCAGAAAAAUUCCCAUAUUCUUCUAUUUAAAAUCGAUGGUUUAUGUAAAUAGUUAAUGUGUUAUUAUUCCAUACGUUUUAAUUCAUUCCUCAAGCAUCUUUGGAUACCUAUUGUUUGAUAUUGGUUUUCAAUACUUCUUUAUGCUUGUAUUUUAUCCAUACAUGAGAUGACGAACAAGGAAAAUUGUAUUAUCUAGUCUUUUUCUAAAUACUUUAUUGUAUUAAUCAAAUUUUGAUAAUAAUUUGUAUUUAUAUUAUUUUUUAGACCUGUCACUUUGACGUUUGCCUUGCUCUCUAUCUAAACGUAGUUAGCUAAUCAUGAUAUAUGCUAUUAUAAUUUUAAUAUUUCUGAGAUAAGCAUAACUUUCUAGUAUUUAACGACUAUAGGUUUCAAGAAUUAUUGAUAGCAAUAUAAAUAAUCUCAUAUUUGUCAAGUAUUUAAGGAUUUAUUUUCAGCUACUUUUACCUAUCAUUUUAUUGACAUUCCACAGUCUUAUUUCAAACCUAUCAAAGUUUGCAAUUCAGAAAAGUUAUAUUCUCAACUUGAGAAAUGUUAUGGUGCUCUUAGUUUUGUGCUUAAGUGCUAUGAGAGCCGCCUGUGAAGCAAUAUAUAACCUAGUCAUAUUCUUAAAUAUGCAGACUGAAUGUAAUGACAAAAUGAAAUUAUGAAUACAAUCUAUAGUGAGUUUCACGUUAUAAAGUAAGUGGAAAUGAUAGAUAGACAUUGUUUUCACUUUCCUUUUCCACCGUCUUCUAUGGUAGAUAGCUGUGAAUCAAGUCAUCCCGCUAAAUCGGAUAUUAAUAUCGUUUUUCUUAUGAAUAAUAAUCAAUUCUGUCUCAGAUAUAUCAUAUUCACCAAGAAAAUGAAAUUUUUAAUAAUUGAGAUUUAAUAUUUUGAUAGUUCAUUAUACCUCUUCAUAACCUAAAAAUGAUUUGGCAACACUGUACGGAGUUGAAAAAGGAUAGAGCUAUCUGCUUUGUCUGCAGAUAGACAAGGAUAGCAAACCAAUGUUAAUGAGGUGCUGACUUUGAAACGUGAAUCUCACUUCACUAUACCUAUCUUCUACUGUGAAUCACAAUAUUAUACUAAUUGAAAGAGCACACACUUAUUGAAUGUUAACACAUUCCUAAUAUUUUGUAAUUUUCUAGUCUCAAUAAUGUGAUGAAGCCUGACAAUUUAGAAUCAACAAUAUAUUUUGAAAUAGGUGCUACUCUACUAUAUUAAUCCUUUUUAUUUGGUACUUUUGAAUCCUGUAAAACUGUUUUUCUUCAUAAACAACAACAAUAAUUAUUGGUAUUUUGAAAUAUUGCAAUACUCGUAUUCUAAUCAAAUACUGUACAAGUGAAAAGUAAUCACUUUUCCUUAUAGAACCACUACAAUAAUUAUUGAAACGAAAUGAAAAUCCUCUAGUAUUAAAAAACAUAAAAAGGGUAUUUGAGAAUUUUUAUUACAUUUCAAUAAAUGAAGUACUUUGAUUUAAGUUUUCUUUUUGAUACUAUUCUUCCAUAUACUGGCGUUUAUAAUUCAACCAGUUUUUCGUAUGCUUUUAAUCAUCACAUAAUAUAUCAAAUGCGUUGAUACAACUCUUUUCAAUUCCAUUCAAAAACUUGAUACAAAAAUAAUAAAUAAGCCUAGAUUUAUUUUUGUAGCUCAUUAGCUCAUCAAGAUUGUGAAAAUUCUCAUGCUCAACAUCUUGUAGUUGAUGAAAUUUUAUGAUCCUCAAGUCUGAAUCGUUGUGAUUGCUUUUCGAAUGUGAUUUACCUUUCGAAUGUAAUUAAUUCUUCAAUUAUAAUUUUAAUUUAUUGUUCUGGGAUGAGUUCAAUGAGUGAGAAUCAUGGUUAAGAUCCAGUGAUAGAUUGAUGCACUUUCAAAUGUUUAUCGAGUGAUAAUAAUUCAUACAAAUUGAUUUAAAAAAUAUUGCUUUGAUAGGGAGGGAUCUACCAUAAUAUGAAAUUGAUAUUUCCUGUUUAGAACUAUUCUACUAUUUUAGUAUUUUAUUACUUUUCAUACCUUGAUUGAUCGUAUUUUAGUUAGAAAAUCAUUUAGAGUGUGAGCUCUGAGAGAAUGUUGUAAUUGAAAAUGAAAAAGAUGAAAAUCUUUAUUAGGUGGAGUUCGGACUUAGGACUUUCAAGUCUUUUCUACCACUCAACUUCUAUAAAAAUUCGUCUACUAUAGAGAAUCGUAAUUUCCUACCUAUCAACAAUUUUUUUUUUAAUUGACUGAAACUAAAUUUUUCAAUUAUAGGAUAUAAAGUGUUUAAAAUCAGAUCUCUUCUAGUCGAAGUAUUUUUCAAAUAUCCUCAACUAGCUCUGUAUUGCCAAAUUUUUAGUCAAAAUCAAACGAAGUUUUAUAAUUGGUAGUUGAUACUGGUGAUGAUCUUACAGUGAUGUUAGCUUGUUAUUAAAAGUGAUGAAAUUAUUUGACUCUAUUUACUUAGUACUAUUUUUAGGGUUUACAGUAUGAGUCAACAAUUUUUAACAAAGAAAUUCAUAAAUGAAAUGUGUGCCUACCUAUAGUACUGCCUCUUGAGUAUUCAUGUACAUUUUCUAAUAAUACAACAUAGAAAUAUCUUAGUAUUAUUUAUAUUGUUUGUGCAUUGCUAAUGAGAAGAUACAAUUCUUUAGCACAUCUUAUUAAUUUCUAAUACAAUAUUUUUCAUCAAUAAUUCUAUCAGUAUUUGUUUUCAUGCUUUUCAGUGCUUAAUCUAUCUUGAACAAGAACAUUGAAAUCAAGAUGAUAUAUUUAUAAUAAAUUAAUAUGGAUACCUAUUUAUUUUAUUAGUUUGUAUGCAUGUGCGUUUUAAUAGUAACUGUGGUGAUUUUAAAAGAUAUGUUUAUGAGAUGUGUUUGCUACUUACUAUAGAUUUAUAUACUUGAAUAUAAUAAAGGGAUAUAAAAAA